GACCCUUCAUCAGAAAUUGCCCACUAGCUGGGCACGGCCCAAUGGCCUUCGUUCUUCCCUAUUUCCUCAAUCGUUUUUCUUAAACCAAAAAAUGUGGAAUCUCAAUAAUUUUUUCUUCAAUCAGAGAUUCCAUUCCUGCAAGAAGGAAAACCUCUCUAUUUAAUCUAAUCUGGGGGGAUCUUUUUCAACUGCAAUGGCUGAAGAGGAUGAUUUCACAUUUUGUCAGGUUGGGCCGCCAGUAGAUGCUGCUAACGAUAUUGAUAGAAUUCAAAUAAAAGAUGGGGUUACUGAAGCUGCCAGUAAGAGAAAUGAUACGCGUGAGGAUUGUACAGAUGAUGGAAAUGCAAAUGCAAAUGCAAAUGCUGGUAAGGAGAAUAAUGGUAGCAUUUGGAAAGUCAGUUCAACUUCUCGUAAACAGGCAACUGUUGGUUCAUUGUCGUUUAAUGUGGUUGAUGCCUCAUCUGGAAAAGGUUUAGUUUCACGGCCCCAAAAAGAGGUUGCAGGAAGUUCGAGCAAUGCUUCACCACAGACGAAUAUUCCUGUAAGGAAAGGUGUUCAGAGAAAUAAGGUCCCUUUUGAGAAAGGAUACAGUCAGAUGGACUGGCUUAAGCUUACCAGAACGCAUCCUGACUUGGCAGGAUUGAAGGGGCAGUCUAAUAGAAGACUGAUAUCUUUGAAAGAAGUCAAACAACAUCAAUCUGAAGGUUCUAUGUGGACUGUUCUUAAAGGCCGUGUCUACAAUUUAUCACCCUAUAUGAAGUUUCAUCCUGGAGGUAGCUAGAAAAUUUUGAUCAAUUUAGUUAAUUUUGUCUCAGUGUCUGAUCUUUCUUUCAUGGGAUCUGAUUCUUAUGACUUCAAUCUUGCAUUUUCAGAGAAUAGGUGAUUGUGGCUUCCCUUAUAUUCAGCUUUAUCAGUUUUAUAAUGUUUCUAUAAAUAUUAGAUAUUAUUGGCAUUCUGAGGUGAAAUACGACAAGCAGGGGCAAGAUGAAGCUGGAAUUCUUUGUAACCGGAACACAAUUUUCUUUUUUAUCUUGUAACAUGAUCUGUAUAAAAGUCAUUAAAAGAGUAACUAAUUUAAGAGGUAAUCAGGAAGGGUAAUAAUAUAGAAACACAUUAUAAUAAUAAUAAAUAUUGACUGAAUCAUAUCAAGUAAUUCAUGAACGAUAUAUAUUUGCAAGUGAAGCUGCAUAUUAUUACAUGUCAAAAAUUGUCCUGGCGUUAACUCACUAAAUAUUUAUACUAAUGCAUUCAUUUGAUAUUCUUUUCCCUCAUAGCUUCUUUGACAGUUUUGGUCAUUACACAAAUUCUUGUGUGAGGCAGCCGAUACUCGUCAUACUUUGAGAAAAAAAAUGCAUACUUAUACUAUCAA